CAGCAGUGCAGAUUCUGUGGCACUACGUUGGCAGCUGCACUGGAGGUGACAAGUCCUCUCUCCUUGCAGCUGACUUCUGUUUCUGACCACAAUGAUUUUGCUGUGCAUCCUCAUCCUUCUGGCUCUGUGCAGGCCUGCACAUGGCACCUGUGGACAGACCUGUGGUCUCCGGCCCAUGGGUACUACCCUCGGCUCAACACGUGUUGUGGGUGGCACAGAUGUCAUGCCAGGGAUGGGAGCCUGGGCAGGCAUUGCCAGUGUCCGUUGCUACUGGAACCCACCAGUAUCUGUGCAUGUCUGUGGAGGGACCCUCGUCAGCGCACAGUGGCUCCUCACAGCUGCCCACUGCUUUGUCAACAUCACAAAUCCCCUCAGUGAGUGGGCCAUCGUGCUUGGGGCCACCUCGUUGGGCCAGUCAGGCCCUGAUGUGGAAGUGCGCCGGAUUAAGCAGCUGAUCAUUCAUGAAAAAUAUACUCCUGAACUUGAGUAUAAUGACAUCGCCUUGCUGGAAUUGGACCGGCCAGUCCGGUGCAGGUCUUCCAUUCAGACUGCCUGCCUGCCUGGUCCUUCAGUGAAAGUAUCGGAGCUGAAAAACUGUUAUGUUGCUGGCUGGGGUGACAGAAUUGUAAAAUCAUCAGGUAGAGAUGUCCUGCAGCAGGCCAAGGUCCAAGUCGUCGAUAAACAGCUCUGCAACAGUAGCGAGUGGCUGCAAGGGUAUAUCUACGACUUCCACGUGUGUGCUGGGCAAGGCGGUGUUGGCACCUGCCAGGGUGACAGCGGGGGGCCUCUUGUCUGCCAAGAUAAGCGUGCUGGCUUCUUCUGGCAAAUUGGUGUGACCAGCUGGGGAGUAGGCUGUGCCAGACCUAAACGGCCUGCAGUCUCCAGCUCCACUCAGUACUACUACAACUGGAUCUGGACCACAAUGGGAAAAAGGCCAGCACCAGCAGUUACUCCAGCGCCAGCACCAGCGCCAACAUACACCGCAGCCCCCCUGCAGACAGUAACUCCAAGACCAACACAACCCUGUCCAUUUCCACGUGAAAAGCUGCUGCAAUUCUUUAAUCUGCUGAAGGAUAUCUUGCGUUACCUAAAGGAAAAAAUGUUUUGAACUGCAAAAUGGACCACCUGCAGUUCAGACGAAAGUGGACCACAACCCUUUCCUUCUGUGUUAUAUUAAUUUGAAAUUCAUUAAACUGAAUUAAAUUUUAAA